CCUCAGCUCGUUUCUCGUGCAGAAGUUUGCGGCAGCAGGUGCGCAGCCAUGGCUUCACAGGGCCUUCAGAUCAUGGGCGUGCUGCUGGCCUUCGUCGGCUGGCUGGGAACGAUCAUCACCUGCGCUCUGCCCAUGUGGAGGGUCACCGCUUUCGUCGGGGCCAACAUCGUGACGGCCCAGGUGAUCUGGGAGGGCCUGUGGAUGACCUGCGUGGUGCAGAGCACGGGCCAGAUGCAGUGUAAGGUGUACGACUCCAUGCUGGCGCUGCCCCAGGACCUGCAGGCCGCCCGGGCCAUGGUGAUCAUCUCCGUGAUCGUCGGGGUGUUCGGCGUCCUCAUGGCCGUAGUCGGGGGGAAGUGCACCAACUGCAUGGAGGACGAGGUGGCCAAAGCCAAAGCCUGCAUCGUGUCCGGAGUGAUCUUCAUCAUCGCCGCUUUGCUGAUCAUGAUUCCGGUGUCGUGGUCGGCCCACGCCGUCAUCAGGGACUUUUAUAACCCCCUGGUGACGGCGGCUCAGAGGCGGGAGCUGGGAGCCGCUCUGUACAUCGGGUGGGGCGCGGCGGGGCUGCUGCUGCUGGGGGGGGGCCUGCUGUGCAACAACUGCCCCCCGAAAGACGGCAGACCCUACAUACCCGCCAAGUUUGUCCCGGCAAGAACCGCAUCAUCAAAUGUGGACUAUGUGUGA